AUGGAUUUCGGGUCGCCCGAGGGAUGCCGCGCCUUUGACUAUUAUCGCAGCCAGUCAGCGCCCGUCCUCGGCAACAUCAUGGACUCGGAGUUCUGGGGUGGCUUGGUGAUGCGACUGAGUGUGACGGAGCCCAUUGUGCGACAUGCUGUGCUGGCGAUGAGCAGCCUCCAUGAGCACCUUAGCACCCACAGAGGGCAGGGCAACAUGGCUGGGCCGUCGUUCAUCUACUCCGAGUAUGGAAAGUCCAUAUCGGCACUGCGCCAGUGGAAAUCCAGCGACGGGCCGGCCGUGCCCCUACUAGCCUGUGUUCUGUAUACCUGCCUGGAGUUCUUGCUGGACAACGAAGAGGCCGCGAGGAUGCACAUCAUCGAAGGCCGGAAGCUUCUGGGAUCUCUCAGCAAUACCUCCUCGUCGCCUGCAAUUGACUUGAUCAAACGAGAUUUAGUUCCCAUGUACACGCGACUCGGUCUCGCGGCGUUUCUUUACGGCGGCAAGCCCCCCGGAGUGCCGAAGCAUUUACGUCCAUCAAUCGCGCCGCCUGUGAAGUUCACCACAAUGGCAGAAGCGAGAACCUUGCUAUAUCAUCUCCUAGACGAAGCUUUGCGAUUCAGUUCGGCCGCACGGCCAAAGAUCUACACGGGAGAACUGGAUGCGGAGGGCUUGCAACAGCUCGCGUCGGCGCAGCAAGCCCUGCUGGCGUGCUUAGACCACUGGCACGUCAUUUUUGUUGUUCUCACCAGCAGCUUGAAAAUGACACAGGCGAAUCUUUGCGUGCAGAGUCUUUUGCUCAUCUAUUACAACACGGCCGUUAUCUGGCUGGCCACCUCGCUGAGCCAGGAGGAGGUGGCCUACGACGCCCACGUCUCCGCAUUCGGCACCAUCGUGUCGCUUGCCGCGGCCAUCAUCGCCAGCGCGCAGAGAGGAUCCCCCCUGCACUAUUUCAGCUUCGAGACAGAGCUCAUCGCGCCCAUAUACUGGACGGCGCAAAAGUGCCGGCAUCCGCUGCUGCGUCGUGCCGCCGUGAGGCUGCUCAUGAAGGACGAGCUGAAAGAUCGGCGAGAAAACCUUUGGCACUCCAACGAAGCCAUUGCAAUUGCGCUGCGGACGAUCCAGGCUGAAGAGGGGCAGAUUGACCGAGCACUGGUCGAUGAGAGCAUAGACGGCGCGAGCCCUGCAUCGCAGACGUCGAGUAGGGAUUCCAGCAAGAGCGGCUGGCAUGUACCGCUCGACCGUCCGCCUACACUCACGGUCGAUCAAAUGGAGGAGGAGAGGCACCUACAUGAGCUACUGGACUUCAACACGACGCCAGACGGUGCUGUUCAGACUGUUGGUGGUCUUGCCCAAGUCCUCAAUGUGCGUCCUGAGACUGUGCAGCUUCAGUCUCCGUAUGGCGUCGUCGAGGCCUCGCGUAUCAAGAAUGUUUUGAUCGGAGCGCGGGAAAAGGCUGGCGUCACGGUGACGAUAUUUCGAGACCCGCAAGUUGCAGGGGAUCAGUGGGAUGUGAGAAAAGAGUACAUACCAUUUCUCUAG